AUGCGCCGCACAUGCAGCAUCUCGAGCAUCAGCUCCUCUAGCUCAGAAGUCGAAGACACGAUGCAAAUCUUCGUCAAGACUGUUUCCGGCAACGACACAAUCCCCCUCACAAUCCCCUCCACCACCUCAAUAGCCACCCUCCGCUCCCUCCUCGCCCUACGCACAAACCUCGCCUCCCCCGCCGACCUCCGCAUCGUCCACGCCGGCAAACACCUCGCCUCGCCCUCCACCACCCUCGCCGACUACGCAAUCUCCCCAAACUCGACCCUGCACAUGGCCCUGCUCCUGCGCGGCGGCAUGCCCCCGAGGAAAAUUCGCUGCUCCUUCAAGGACUGCAAGGAUCGCGCGCAACCCAUUGUCGGCGACUGUGGCUUUUGCAGCGGACAUCAUUGCUCCAAGCAUCGUAUGCUGGAGGAUCACAAGUGUGAGGGCCUCGAGGAUUGCAAGAAGGAGAGUCAUGAGCGUAAUGCGACAAAGUUGAAUAGCGAGCGUACUGUGGCUAUCAAGGGUGUUUGA